CUGUCUUUCCUCACUGACAAAACACUACAGUGGUCACUAGAGAAAACUUAGAACCUCCAGAUAGUCACAAAGGAGGAGAAUAGAAUCCCAAGCCCGCCGCUCAGAAGCCUCCGGUGGACGUCCCGCUCCUGAGGCUCCGCGCGCGGCGGGGGCGCUGCCGGCGCGGGCACCGCGGCCGCACGGGGGCCCUGCUCGGGAGGUUCUUAAUCCAGAGCCAACUCCAUGGACCCAGGCCGGGUUUGGCCCUUGGCCUGCUGUGAGCAGGGUGUUGUCUGCUAGAAGACUCCCCUGGCCCACCUGCUCUGGUGCCUUGCAGAGCAAGCGAAGAGGAUGGACGGAGUGACGCGCCCUCUGCCUGCGUGCCUGCUGCCUCCUGCGUCCUUGUUAAUCCUAGUGUCCACUCUGGCGACUGCUAACAGUGUGGCCAACAGCACUUUAAAUGGCACUGACACGGUCGUGGGCUCAGUGCCCGUGGUCAUUGCCAGAACCGACCAUAUCAUCGUCAAGGAAGGGAACAGUGCCUUGAUCAACUGUAGUGUUUAUGGCCUCCCUGAGCCCCAGCUCAAGUGGUAUAACUCCGUGGGCAAGCUGCUGCAUGAGGACAGCAAGGACCGAGGGGCAGGAAAGUGGCAGAUGCACGACGGCCUCCUGAACAUCACCAAGGUGUCCUUCACGGACCGAGGUCGAUACACAUGUGUGGCAGCCAACGUCCACGGCACCGUGAACAACACGGUGACGCUGAGGGUGGUCUUCACGUCGGGGGACAUGGGCGUGUACUACAUGGUGGUGUGCCUGGUGGCCUUCACCGUGGUGCUGGCCCUCAACAUCACCCGCCUCUGCAUGAUGAGUAGCCACCUGAAGAAGACCGAGAAGGCCAUCAACGAGUUCUUCCGUACAGAGGGCGCCGAGAAGCUGCAGAAGGCCUUCGAGAUCGCCAAGCGCAUCCCCAUCAUCACGUCGGCCAAGACGUUGGAGCUGGCCAAGGUCACACAGUUCAAGACCAUGGAGUUCGCCCGCUACAUCGAGGAGCUGGCCCGCAGCGUGCCGCUGCCCCCGCUCAUCAUGAACUGCAGGACCAUCGUGGAGGAGCUCAUGGAGGUGGUAGGGCUGGAGGAGCAGGGCCAGAACUUCGUGCGCCACGCGCCUGAGGGCCAGGAGGCCACCAGCGGGGACGAGGUCUACACCAUCCCCGACGCCCUGCAGCGGGGCGAGUCCCCCACCGCUGACUCAGACGCCUCGUCGCUGCACGAGCAGCCCCAGCAGAUUGCCAUCGAGGUGUCCGUGCACCCCCAGGCCCGGAGGGAGCCCACGGAUGACCGGGACGGGGGGCCCCUCGAGGCCAGAGACGAGGAGGACACCGAGCCCUCGGCCGAGCACUCCCCCGAGUCCGCGGCGCCUUCCACCGAGGUCACGUCCGCGGCGCUGACCUCCGAGGAGCCCACGCCUGUCGAGGUACCGGACCGUGUCCUGCCCCCAGGUCUCCUGGAAGCCACAGAGCCGGCCGGGGCGUGCGACAGCAACGCCCGCGUCGUCUAUGAAAGCCAUGUCUAACAACGCCCCCCCGAGAAGCUAUGCACACCCCGAGAAUCAGGGCCGCCCCCACCACCCCCAGGGCCAGACGCAGUCCGCCCUCGCCGCUAAGCCUUACCGGAGACGCCUGUCCCGUAGGUAGGAGCCAGGCCCCUUCAGAAGGGAGCACCUGCGUGCAUGCUGUGUGCCCGGACCGCGCCCCGCGACGGAGGAUGCAAGCAGCGGCAGGGUGCAGAGCCGGCGGCCUUGGGCAGGUGUCUGUGCGCGCGGCAUGAAUCUCAGAGGCUCUUCUCUGCCAGAUACCUUAAUCACUGAUGCCCUUUUGGUGUGAGAGACUCUGAGGUCAAGAGCCCUGUCCAAUGCACACUGCAGCGCUUUUCCUUUAAAAAGUUAUAGGUCUGCUACGAGAGCAACUGCACGUCCGUGGGUCUGUUGCACUUUCUUCUCAGUUUUAACCCCCCUUCUCCGUUCCCCUAUAACCGAGUCGUUGUGAUACGGAUGCUAAUCGUUCCUUCUGGUUUCGUCCCCUUUGCCACUUUGUCCUUAUUUCUCUCCCCCCACCCCCUCGAACCCCCUGCCAAGCUUUUACCUCAGAGGCUUUGGUGUCAGGGCUGAUACCCACAAGUCAUCUGUGAUGUUCCAAAGCAGUUACCAGCCUCGUGAUUUUUGUCAUUUCCCAGGCCUGUCUCCAUCCAUUGCUUUGUUUGUUUGUUUGUUUCCAAUGAAGCUACUGUUGUGAAACUGAGAAAGAAAAAAAAAAAAAAAACCUUGCCCAGGAUAGCACUUUAAUAGCCAAAUAAAAAUGUGUUGCCUGUCCGAUUCUGAGAGCCUUUAGGUGAGCUCAGCUGAGGUGGCAGGGAGACUGUAAACUUGAAUUUACCCAAACUGUCCAUGAAAAAUGCUGUUUUUACGUGUAAGUAACGUCAUCCUCCAAACAUGGCUGCUGCUUGAUCUGGAACGCAUGGUGCGUCCAGAGACAGAGGCAUCUGAGGAAUCCAUGUAGGUGUAGAAUGUGGGCCGCCAGGGGCCGUCCGGUGACCCAAACACUUGGUUUGGGGCAACAAGUGUGAGGGUCCGUGGGAUCGCCUAGCCAGGCCCACUUCCCUGAACUGCAGGGCUAACUUGUCCGUCCUUGAAGGGGAGAGUGAAAGGUUCGGGUGAUGGCCUCAAAUUUCAUGCCAGAAUUCUUGAAUUAAUUUUGUCCCACAAGAAAGCAGUUGUAUGUGCGGCAGAAUGAUGUUAUAGAAACGACAAAACUAGUCACCCAAAGGCUAGCGUCUCGUCUGAUGGUGCCAGUAAGCACCGCAGGCUUUGGGCAGGUGGGGCCUCCGUUCCUUCCCUGGCAGAGGGACAGACCAGAUGGGCUCGAGCUCCAUCUAGAUGGUCCCCUCUCCCACAGAAUCACCUGGCCCUCCUCCACAAUUACUCGAAAGAUUUUUCACUUUCCUCUCUGGUUCCUCUAAUCUUCUUUAUGGUGAAAGUUAGUAUUGAUGCAAAUCAAGAGGUUCAGUUUCAAAAACCAAAAUCAUUAGGGCAGCGUCUGCAGUUUAGAUGUCAUCGUGGAAGAAUGAGAGGUAUUAGUUCCUUUCCAUUUAUGAGCAGGGGAGCCAUAACCUUGAAGUCGUCUUGAGGGUCGCAGCCACAUCAUGGUUUCCAUGGAGGUUCGCUGGGCCACACGGAUCGUGAGAGCAGACCUGAUGUUUAGUCCUCACUCUCGCUAUCUGGAUAAGUGACCUUCGACAACCCCCUGGGUUUAAUCUUUCUCAUCUGACAAACACGGAGGUGGGACUUGAUGGGUCCCCAGAUCCCAUCCGGCUCAGACAUUUUAGAGUUUUAGGGAAAGUUUGUGAUGGCCCCCCUUGCAGGAGACAAGCGGUCUUGGGAGCAAACAUGGGCACGUGAGGUUAGAUACUCUUGCCGCCAACCUUCACGGCAAAAGCAUCUGAAUCUGUAGCUGAGGGCAGAGGGUUUGGCUUCAGGGGUUUCUCUAUGUAUAGAUAACUGGUGUGACAGGUGGUCUGACAAGACUCAGUUGGAUCAGAGUCCUCUUGGCCUCAAAUGACCCAUUGCCAUCAGGUAGGAGUGUCUUGGGUGGUCACAUAAAAAAUGAGUCGUGAACGGUCCAGAGAAACCUUGACCUCCCACUUGCACUCUCUGGACAAGGGUUUUCUGUAUUGGGGUUGCAGAAGAGUUUUAUCUCCACCUCUUAGAAUUUUCCACUUGUCAUGGAGGUCAGCAGAUUCUUACCAUGGAUCUGUACGCCCAAAGCAACAGCAGGGACCCACACUCAUUUUGUGACAUUGCGUGAACUUUUUCCCAUUCUGUCCAGGUCUCCCUCCACCGAAACCCAUGUGCACAUUUCCACGUGGAAAUUACAGGAAAAGGCAUCUGUCUCUCCCAUCUAGGCACUGAUUAGGGAUAGAAAGUUAAAAACGGGCAGAUUUUUUAUGGAGCAGGAGCAGAAACGUGUGACCAAAGAAUGUUUUCAGGUUGGUUUUAGCUUCUUUAGACUGGCGAGAUUAUAUAGAUUUUUCAAAACCUUUCCCCUCUUUAAGGCAUCAGAAAGCUCUUGAUAGAAUAACAGCCAACCAAAGAGGAGGCUGGCUUACGACGAAGAUUUCUCUGUCCAGAAAGGCUACACUCUUCCUGUUCGUCCUGUAGCUUCUUUACAGAAUAGGAAAGCUCUCCUGCUAGAAUAUGGAACAGAGAUGAUGUCGUGACUUUGGGCAGAUUUUUCAAAGGUAAACCGUUGAGCUUCAUAGAAAUCCAUAAAAGUAUGGCUGCUUGUGAGCGUGUGUGUGUGUGUGUAUGCACACAUGCAUACGUCAGACUCAUUUGGGCAGUUUUAACAGCUUAGCACUAAAUCCCAAGCCAUGUCCUUUGGGUCUUAGGUCAUUAUUCUCAAAAGUAAGCAGUUUCUGGUUUCUGAGUCAUCUGGUCAUAUCUCUAGCGAUUUUUUUUCUUGAAGUUCUGAAAAUGAUUCAGAUAUGUGUGCAUAUUUAAUUCACUUAGAUGAUCUGUAAACUUGGAUGGUAUUUAUUCUAAAUGGGAAAAAAUUUUAUACUGCAAAUCUAUGUAAUUUAUAAUGGUUUUGUUUUAUAUAUUAUAUUUUCAUAUUUUUAGGGCACAUCUAUUCUCAUCUUUUUGUAUAUCAUGCUUGACAAAAAGAACUAGUAAUACUUGACUAAAUCUCUAGGAACCAAAUGUGACAUCUAUAAUGUAUAGAAAUCGCUCGGAAAGUAACUGAAUGUCCUUACCCAUCCUGAGCACUAUUGUGCUGUGUCAUUACACCCGGAAUGAUGGCUGGUGAGCAUUUCUUUUUUCAAAACCAAGCCAAAAGGCCUGGCCUCCCACACAGUGGAGUCUGGAAUCCUUCCCUUCUUUAUCUUUUUCGUUGUGUGUUUCAUUUUUAAUUGUAGACAUCCCGUGUUGCUCAGACUUCCUUUGAAGGGCAAAUGUGAGAUAAGAAAGCAACUUGAUUGAAAGACUUGGCUGGAAGGAUGGCUGUGUAACUUAUUCACUGGGCUGGUAACAUUUCUCAUCUAAUGGUUGGAUUGUUCUUUAUUGGUGAUCUCAGAGCUGUUCAGCUGUUUAGCUCGUGAAGAAAAUGUUAGGCAGACAGAAUGUUUGCAAGAUUUGGACAGACAGCCUCUAAAUGUAGUACAGCCAACACAGACCAGCUGAGCCUUAGAAACCCCGGUCCCAGCCAGUGGACGAGCCGUUUCAGAAGGCGGAUCAGACUCCUGUGUGUGCAGGUUGAAUUUCAGUGUUGUACCAGUGCUAAAACUCUUCAAGGGCAGCCCCUGUGGUUCUGUGAACAGGGGUUUCCUCCCAGUGUUUCAGUGGGUAAGAAAACGGAGCAUUUCCUUUAUCUUUCAGAUACUCUAAUUUAUACUCAGCGCAGUUCAGCGACUACUUCCCUGUACCUGUCUUCACGUACCCUUUUGGCAGUCCUUUUAGAUCAUAAUCCUGGUUUCUGUUCUUGCUUUUUAAGCUAAUUCAUUGGUACUCUUUACAUAGCCAGCAGAUCUCAUUGUAUAUUCACACACGUGUUUUGAGCACCCGUUACCUUCACGGUGUUAGUCAUUUUUACAUUCACCUAUUGAUUUAAAAAUCUUUUAGUAGAUAACAGAGUUCAUCUUCCUAAUGACCCUUAGGGUUAAACCAGUGAUUAACAAGGUUUGAAUUAAACAAAUCAGUGGUGGGGAAAAAAUAGAAAAAAACAAUUGCUUCUUAUGCUUUCUGAAGGACUGAGUGUCUGUUAGACAAGAAAAUGUUGUAUGAGGGUGAUAAUGAUCUUUCACUGAGAUAUUUUAGAAAUGUCAUUUUUAAGGGGAGUAAUGCUUAGAAUACCACAGUCGAAACUGAAGCUCAUAGAGAAUGUAAAAACAGAAAGCCAAUAGUUCUAAGAAUAUUCGGGCAUAAAUUAUUUUUAUUUAACGAGGAAUUGAAACCUUCAUUGUAUCUCUCAGACACCCCAGCACCGCUCACAGAAGGUGCUGGCGCUCAACGUUUGAUGUGCUAUUCCUCUGGUUCUGGAAUUUCUUUGUUAAAGCCAGGAAAUAAGAUGGAAAAAUGUAUCUGCGCGGAAAUGUCAAACUGUUGAUUUGUGAGCUAUAAAUGUUCACCUUUUAAGAAUAAUUUAAAGGUAUAAACAAAUGACUAAUAUUUAAAUUGAUAUAGCAGCAAAAAAGCAAAAAAACAUGUGAGCCAUCCUGUAUUUUGGUUGUUGCUUUAAUAAAGGAUUUGCACAGGUGU